AUGUUGGGCACUUUUGCUCGAGUUGAAAAGCGUGUCAUAGACAACAAGUGUGUUGCUUACAAGAUCUAUUCAAGAGCACACGGAAGUCUUGUUUACCAACAUUUUCUUCGAGAAAGAGAUACUUUAAAGCAACUCAAUAUCACGAAUAAAGACUCAUAUAAACAUCAUAUUAUAGAACUAUUAGAUGUUCAAGAGACAAAUACACAUCAUGUCUUGAUAUUUCCAUUUUAUGAUACAACACUCGAAUCUUUUGUACAUACAAAAAACAAGACACUAGCACAUCAAUUUCUGGAUCAAAUAUCAAAAGCAUUAAGCUAUAUACAUCAACAGGGUAUUGUUCACUGUGACUUGUCUCCUCAGAAUAUCCUUCUUGGUUCAGGCUGUAUGUUUCUAUCUGAUUUUGGGUGUGCUCAACGUAUAAACACACCCCAUACAACAACAGACAUAGGCACAAGACUUUAUAAAGCACCAGAACAUUUGUUUGGUUAUCGAACAUAUUCUUCUUCCACCGAUCUUUGGUCUUUCGGUGUCAUUUUCUUACAGUUGAUGAUAGGCUAUCCUAUCUUUGCAGGUGAGAGUGAUAUUGAGCAAAUAGCCCGUAUCGUAUUUCGAUUGGGCAGGCCAUCGUUAGAGGGUUAUGCCAUCACUUUCAUAUUCAUCUUCUGUGAUGUUUAG